UCUAAUGAUAUUUUUCCUGGUCGGAGGUUGGAAAACUACAACUUCCCACCUUCCUCGAAUGCAGCAUAAUAGACGAUCUUUGUGGGGGCAAGAUGGCGUCCAGCGACGGCCUCUCGUCUCUGGGUCCGGACGGAGCUUCGGCCGCCGCAAGGGCUCUGUCUCUCCCCGCCGAGGCUUACGGCAACGAUGAGCGUCUGGAGGCCAUGUGGGCCAUGAAGGCCUACAACCAUGCCGAGGUUUACUUCAACCUCAUUUCGUCGGUGGAUCCCAAAUUCCUCAAGCUGACCAAGAUGGACGACGAGAUCUACACCAGCUUCAGGGAGACCUUCCGGGACCUGGACGUCAAGGUGCUCAACCCGGAGCUACUCAAGUCGGCCGACGCCAAAGAGAGGUGGCGCCCUUUCUGCAACUGCUACGAAGGCCUGGUGGAGGACUUCAACUUCGGGACUCUGCUGCGACUGGACUGCCGGGAGGACUACACGGAAGAGAACAGUAUUUUCGCCACCAGGAUCCAGUUCUUCGCCGUGGAGAUCGCCCGAAACCGAGAAGGCCUCAACGAUGCUGUGUUUGCGGCCAAGUCCUCCAAAAGUUAACUUUGCCAAUGUGUUUUAUUGCUGACCCCGAGUGAUCAUUAAAGUGUCUUGUUAUUCUUUGCUACGAAAUGUUU